AUGACAACAACAACUCCACCGGCUACUACAGCCAGUACAGCAGAGUCUACAAUUACACCAAUACCCUUGACUACCGUCUUCACUCCCCCGGCAUCCUGCUCAUCGCAUUGGACCUACGAGCCGUCAGGUUACAACCUGGUCGGAGAUGGUCUUCUGCUUCAAAAUGCCAUUGCAAACGACCCCUCCUGUUUUCCAUCUGGGUUUAGUCAUGUCGGCAGAGCCCAGGGGACACAGGUUUUCAGCCCUGGCUACUGUCCAGGGGGCUAUACUUCAGCUAAUGUCGCCAUUGAUGGACCUACAACUACGGCCAUCUGCUGUAUCUCAAACUUCUCCUACUAUACCUCUAUUAUGAUGUACAAGGAUCUGGAUUCAGCCACAUACGCCGGAUGCAUCAGCAGCCUCUCCUCAUCAAGUAAAACGAUCGUUUCUGCCCGCGGCACUGGAACAGAUGAAGGCACUCAGGUCACUGGACCCAUUACCAUGUGGGCACAACCUAUCACAGUCCAACUUCAAUCAACAGACUCGAGUUUGUACGUCACAUCAACCGCCACCUCUUCCCCUGCCGCCUCAGUCACAGCCUCCUCUGCCACAUCUACAUCAACUUCCACGACGACCCCCGAGCCUCCAUCUCAGUCACAAUCUCCAUCAAGUGGGCUAUCCGCCGGCGCGAAAACCGGAAUCGGGGUCGGGGUGGGCGUUGCUGGAGCUGCUGUCUUUAUUCUGCUCGCCAUAUGGCUCUUACAACGACGAAAGAAUAAACGAAAAGUUCAACCCAUGCCGAAUGCUCAUCUAGGGCAAGAUUGGGCACCUUAUGGGACCAAAUUGGGGGAGCCAUUAUCACCGGCUGAGUUGGAAGUAUAUGGUGCUCGAAAAGACCUCCCUGCCCCUAUACAUGAACUGGGCGGUUAA